GAUGACGAGUGUGGGUAGCGGGCCUUGGCUAUCAUUUGAGGACUUCUUCAGGGAGAAACUGGAAAGAGCUCUGCAACAAGCAGAUAGCAACCCUUAUAUCAAAGGGUGGCAUGCAAAUGGGGUGAGAACACGCCUGGAAGCCUUCGUUGAGAGCGGCAUUCCGGCCCAGUUCAAGGCCCUUGAAUGCAGGGAUGACAAGGCUAUUGUCCAUGCCGACUUCACUCCGGACAACCUGCUCUAUGAUGCCUCCACCCAGCGCAUCACAGCCUUGAUCGAUUACGACUUUGCUUGCAUACUGCACCCAUCCUACGAAUUCCUGCGCUCCUUCAGCGGGGCAGGAGGCCGAUUCCAAGGCUGGUCGGAUAUCGAAUCUAGCGAACAGACAGCGUUGCGAGACGCUAAGCUUCAUGGCUUCCCCUCGACACUGCCCGAAAACACAGAGGACGGUGUGAAAUGGGAAGUUGCCAAGAUUUGGGAGGAUGAGUUGGAGCGCCUCGACGUGCAGCGACCGAGAACCAUGACAGGCAUCGAAAAGAUUGCAGAUGUUGAUGCUGUCCUUUGCUCCAUUUUGCCUUGGCGCGUUACUAACUCGGAUGUCUUGCGGCUGCAAUCCGAGUCCAUGAUACUCAAAUGCAGGGACGAGAACGAGGCUCAGCUCGCCAAGUUGCUGGAUCAUCUGGGGUUUUGA